AGGUGUCAUCGAAACGAAUUCAGGAAGCUUCAAGAAUCAUCAACAGGAGUCAGGAACACCGAAACGCCAAGUGCUGUAGUGUGCUGUUUGAAGAUGGGUGGUGCAGCCAAGUACAUCAUAUCUGCAGUUUUGGGAUCCUUUGCAAUUUCAUUUGCAUUCGACCAUAUUCUUGCUGACAAGAAGAUUUUUGGAGGAACUACCCCAAAAACUGUUGCAAACAAGGAAUGGUGGGAUGAAACUGACAGGAAAUUCCAGGCAUGGCCUCGCACUGCAGGUCCACCUGUGGUAAUGAAUCCCAUCAGCCGCCAGAACUUCAUUGUCAAGUCCCGCACUACUGAAUCUUGAAGGUUUCGUCUUUUCAGUUAUUGUUCAUAUUUAAUACAACUUCCUACUCCUAAACCCAUAAUGUUUUUCCCGUUUUAAACUUGGUUCAGACCUUAAUGUCUUUACUGCACUUUUAUUCCUGUACUCGUCCCAGUUAUGGGUUUAUUUGAUAGUGUGUGAACAUGGGUUCGUUUGAUAGAGAGUGAAACUUAACUAGAACCCAACUAAAUAAAUGUAAGUGAGGAAAUGUGUCCCAGUUAUGGGUUGUUUUGAUAAAGCUGUGAAACUUAGAACUGAGUAAAUGUGAAGAAAUCGUGAGUUUCUCAUUC